UGCAUAUUGCUCUACAAAUUUUCAGAAAGCUUUUGUUGUUGACUCUCGCUGUCUCACUCUCAAGUGGUAUUCUAGGUCACAAAUUAUGGUUCGCUGUUUCAGUGCUCUUACGAAUUGUUGAGAGACUCGUUUCGUGAUAUUUUGGAUUUAAUCAAUUCGUCGACUUAACUACUUUGUUUUCAAGAUUAAGAUUUAAGGGUUCGAGGGAAGGUGAGAUUCGCUGCUGAGAUCUUUUUGCUUUUAAAAAAAAAUUGUUCAAUAAUUUAUUGGUAAUUCAUUAAGCUCUUGUUCUUGUUUUCUAGUUCCACAAAUGGCAAACGUUUCUAAAAUUCUUUAAUCUAAGGUUCACUUAAUUCACGUAUCUGAAUUCCAUAAUGGAUAUAAUCUGCAUAGAUUAUCACAUUUGUUUUACAAGUUGGUGAGUUUAUUGCUUGUUAUCUGGUGUUGUUGAUGAUGUCAAUGUGAAACAAUUUUAGAUACAGUGGGGAUGAACUAUUUUUCUUUUGUGUGGAACUUUAUGAAAUAUAGUUUUUAAUUAUUAUAUUAGAUAGAUUCUGUAAUGUGCUUGCUUGCUUGGGAUCUUGAACCCUAUUAUACACUUUUUGAGGGAUUCACUUUUCAUGCUUGUUUGACAUGUAACAAAUUCACUGUGGGAAACACUUUAUAUUCACUGUUGUUUAGGUAUUAGUGUGCAAAGGAGAACUAUGGCCUACGCCUAAUUGUUUAUUUUGCCUUGUUAUUCUUUGGUUUUAAAAAAAUUAUAAACAAAAACUGAUCAAGGUGUUGAGCUCUAUGGACUGCGUUGUUGUAAAUGCUGCUACAGGCAAGAGUUCUGAUUGAAUGAUGCUUGCACUUUAUAUUUAUCAGUAAUGAAGAACGGACAGUGCGCACAGGAACUAGUACAAUCUUCCACUCAAGUUUCACAUGAGAACCAAGACGAACAUAAAAUUAACCAAUCAGUAGAUGCUCCUCCUAUACAAGAUGCUGUUUCUGUAUCUGCUUCAUGCAAUGACAGUAGGAAAGUUUCAAGACAAGAUAUUGAACUUGUCCAGAAUUUGAUAGAAAGAUGUCUUCAGUUGUACAUGAACAGAGACGAGGUCAUGAAGACCCUCUUGGCUCGAGCAAGGAUAGAACCUGGAUUUACAAGCUUGGUUUGGCAGAAACUGGAAGAAGAAAACGCAGACUUCUUCAGGGCUUAUUACAUCAGGUUAAAACUGAAGAAGCAGAUAAUUUUGUUCAAUCAUUUGCUUGAGCACCAGUACCAUCUCAUGAGGUAUCCUCCUACUCAUGUACCUCCAAAGAUUUCUCUAGCACCUAUACCAAACGGAAUGCAUCACAUGUCACAUGUAGUUACCACCAUGCCAAUGGGAUAUCCUGUACUACAACAUCCUCAAAUGCAUCCUCAUAUUGAUGCAAUGGGAAUGUCAAGCUGCCAUGUUGUUAAUGGAGUCCCUGCACCUGCUAAUUUCCAACCAUUAAAGAUGAACUCAACGAAUGAUAUGGUGAUUGAUACAAAGGUGGAAGAUGCAACAACUCUUCAAGUUAUUCCACCAAACAGUGGUGGGAUGGCAGUGAGUCCAGCUUCUGUGGCAUCAAGUGGACACUUUCCAUUUGAUGCUUCAGAUAUGGUAAUGGACGCUUCAGUGCUUGAUUCCGCGUUCACCUCUGAGGUUGGAGGAGAAGGAAGAGCUGGGAGUGCCGGAGAUUCACUCAGGUCAUUUGAUCAGAUUCCCUGGAACUUCAGCCUUUCUGAUCUCACUGCAGACCUGUCAAACUUGGGAGAGUUAGGAGGCUUAGGAAACUAUCCAGGCUCUCCUUUUCUUCCAUCUGAUUCAGAGAUUUUGCUUGAUUCUCCUGACCAUGAGGACAUAGAGGAGUUUUUCGUGGAUGUGCCUGGACCUCCUUGUUCUAAUUCAGAUGAAGAGAAGCCUUGAAUUGAAAGGGAAAACGGCUAUACAUAAUAAUAAUCUUCUUCAGAGAAACACCAAGCAUUGUUUUUUCUUUAAGUAACAAAUAUAACUACUACUGUUAUUAUAACUCAAAAGUACUUAUGAAUAAAAAAAAGGGGUUAGAAUGAA